AUCAGUUGUAAAUCUUAUUAUGAGGUAAUGUGUCGAGUAAAUAAUCGUCUGCUGUAGUGAUUUGAGAAUCGUUCUAAAGCUUGAGCUUACACAGCCUGGAUGAUGAUUAGUUUGUUGGGAUUUUGAUGCAAUAUUGAAAAAGUAGCGUUAUUUUAACCGUUAUUACCGUUCGAAUGUUCGAUCGCACGUGACAACGAUGUUCGGUCGAAUGUUUGUAAACAAGUUGCCACUUUUGUUGAUGUUGGUAGUCGUAGGGRUUUUAGAAAUUCAGAUUUUGAGGAUAUCAGAGACUGGAAUACAAAGAAAGCACCAAAGAAUUGAAAACACAGUUUUUCCCAAACAUCCAAUARUUGAUGAAGAGAAAGAGGAAAAUACUGAUGAAGUUGCCGAAAAUGAUGAUGAAUUACAGUCAGAUAAGAAUCCAUUUGAUGAUCAUUCUCCUUUUGAAAAAGCGGUCGUGUUCUACAACAGGGUUCCCAAGACAGCAAGCACUAGUUUUAUGGGUGUAGUCUAUGGCUUAUGCGAGCARAACAAUUUUCACUCGAUCCAUCUAAAUAUCAGUAAAGGUCAACAUGUUUUGUCUGUUGCCGACCAAUUCCGUCUUGCUUACAACAUAACAAGUUGGAAAAGCCAUUUACCAGCUCUUUAUCACGGCCACAUCCAGUACAUCAACUUUCAAAGACUCGGAAUUUCUUCUCAGAAGAUAUUUUAUAUUAAUAUUAUUAGAAGACCCUUGGAUAGGCUAGUAUCGUACUAUUAUUUCUUAAGAUUUGGAGAUACUUUUAGACCCCACAAAGUCCGUUCAAGACAGGGUGACAAAGAGACGUUUGACGAAUGUGUGGAAAAAGGACACAGAGAUUGUAAACCUGAAAAACUCUGGAUUCAGAUUCCGUUCUUUUGCGGYCAUGCACCGCAAUGCCAGUCUCCAGGCAAUAGAUGGGCGUUGGAGCGAGCUAAACGACAUCUUGUAGAAAAUUACCUACUAGUUGGUCUUACGGAGGAGUUGAGCGAYUUUAUAGAAGUUUUGGAAACAAUAGUGCCCCGUUUUUUCAAAGGAGCKACCAAAUUAUUUGUCGAGGGAGAUAAAUCCCAUUUACGAAAGACACAGUCAAAGAAACCACUACAGCAAGAAACAAUAGAAAUCUUUCAGAAGAACAAAAUAUGGAAGAUGGAGAAUGACUUUUACGAGUUUGCAAAAAAGGUUUUCUAUGCGGAAAGAAGACGAACUUUACUGCAGAAGAAACAAAACCAAGUUUAUUCGCCUACGCAGUUCUUUUAUGAGAAAAUCAGACCGAAAUAGUUCGACAAAUAUAGUUAGUUAUCCUGGCCAACGUAGUUAGAUAUCAAAUUGCAGACGUUAACUUUAACUUUGAAAAGUUAUUGUCCAUGGUUUGUUGUCCAUAUCGAAAUACAUUAAUCACUUCCCCGGCGUCUUUAGCAAGUGCAGGCCUAUAGUGCAGUCACAGUUCAAAGAACAGUCUCUGGAUUAUAUCUUUCCAUCUGAAGUUCGUUUGAGACCAUUUUAUAAUUGAAACACACUUCUUCCAGUUAAUUUACCGAGAAAACAUUUCGUACAAGACCGAUUUGUAAUGGUCUUUAGUACGCAUGCGCUUGCUAUUGUAUUGUUCAAUAGAUCGUGGACAAUGAGUUUCAAAAUAACUGUACUCUACAUAUCACAAACAAUCAUCAUUAUCAUCAUCAUAUUUAAAUAUAUCUUAUAGUGUAGCACUAUACUAGCUAUGCUCGCGAACGCAAAGUUCAUAUAUCUCCGGAUAACUGGCAAUGGACGGGAAUUAUCGACUUGUCACGCAACUUUCCUCGCGCAACGCGGCUCUUUGUUGAGAGAGUGUUGCGUGAUGAGCUUUGUAAAGAAAUGUAUAAAUGUCAAUAUUUACCGAUGGCUCGUCCUUAAAAUGAUAUAUUUUUAUAAUCACAUUGUAUAAAAUUCAAUUUAAGAUGUCAUUUAUGUGGAAUUGUAUCUUUAAGCUUAUGCAAGUGUCAAACGCGAUUUGAUUUUGAUACGAAAGGGAUAUGUCUUAGUAACGUUCUGAUUGGCUCCAUAACCUCUGAUUAAUGGUGAUAGCACAAACAUUUUUCUGCUCUUUUCGAAUCAAUGUGUUGAUUAACACGAAAAUAAUCGCAAAAUUGAAAUCCUGAGCCUCAAUGGAAUCGGACACACACGGCUUUAAUGGCUUGCAGGUCUUCGGUUCGAUUCCAGUAUGACAAGAUAUAAUCUUCAUUUUAAAUGAAAACUGGUGGUUAAAUACUGGGGUGUAAAUUGUGUAAAAUAAAAUUAAAAUACUUUUAUACGAUGCCUAAAAAAUAACAAUAAAUGUAUAAAUUGUGGAA